AACUGCGCGCUCUCGCGGGCCACCAUCUUGGACGCUAAGCGGGAGGCGGUGCCUCACGUCGGACGGGAGCCAAUCAGGGUCGGCCUGCAGCGGACACGCCCCUCCCCGCGCGCGCAGGAGAAGGAGGAGGAGGAUGGAGGAGGGCGGUGUCCUCCCCUGAUUCUCGCGUCGCUGCCGCCGGUGCCGGGGCAGGUGGCGCCACCGCGUCUGCCCAACGGCGGCACGACCGUUCGCACGCUGCGUCCCCUGGCGAGGAAAUCGUCGGAGCCGUCGUCGGAGCCGUCGCCGGAGCGAUACUUGAAGUACAUCCGGCUGCCGUCACUAGAGGGCAGCAGGUGCGUGUUCGACGAGUACUUCGAGGACGAGACGUUGGAGGUGUUCACGACCGACGACGACGACGGGUCGGUGGCGCCCCCCGGCGGCGGGCGAACGCGCGAGAACGGCGUGGCGUGUGGCGUGCACGAAACAAACGAACGUGCGGGCGCGGGUUCGGUCGGCAGUCUCGACGUUACGAUCACGCAGGAGAGGGUGGAGAGGAAGGAGAGAGAGGAGACGGAUAGGGAGGAGGUGGAGAGGAAGGGGCCAAAGCAGAAGGAAGUGGAGGGGUGGGAGCUGAAGCAGGAGCAAGGAGAGAGGAAGGAACAAGAGGGGAAGAUGAUAGAAAGAAAGGGGCCAAAGCAGGAGAAGGUAGAGAGGAGGGAGCUAAAGCAGGAGGAAGGGGAGAGGAAAGGACAAGAGGAGGAGGGGGAGGUAUUGAGGAAGGAACACGAGCAUGAGAAUACGAAGAGGAAGCAGCAGGGGCAGGAGGAGCUAGAGAGGAAACCAGAACAAGAACAGCAUGAGAGGAGGUGGUCAGAACAGGAGGGAAAGGAGCAGGUGGGGGUAGAGAGUAAAGAACGAGAGGCGGAGGAUGUGGAGAGGAGAACGCCGGGGCAGGAGAGGAAGAAGAUGGAGCAGGAAGAGGAGGGGAGGAAGGAGAGCCAGAGGAGGCCGACGCAUCUUCUCACGCGCCUCAUGCGGCGUCCGUCCGUGGCUGGACGCGACACGGCGCGCGUGUUCGACGGAGCGAGGGAACUGCCGCUGCCACGCUGUGAGGCGCGGACGGUCGAUGGGCGGCAGGAGAGUCUAGCAUGGUCUCUUGUUGCCGGAUACACGCAGCGCUACGCCUCGGACUUUGUGCUCCAGGGAACGACGGACGCCAACUUCAAGACGCGCCUCGUGCGCGACCUGUCGUCCGCGACGCAGCACGUCGUCGUCGACGAGCCCGUCUCCGAGAGCGUCGCCAUCGUCGCCGACACCGACACCUGGAGCGUGACGCAGCUGUCGUGUCAGGGUGAGCGGCCGGACGAGGUGACGGAGGCUCAGCUUCCGUUCGCUCGCCUCGUCGCCGACAUGCUGGAGAGCGUUAACGAGCUGUGGAAGCUGCGCGUGCCCACCGAGUUCUGUCUCAUGCAUCUUGAGGACCGGCUACAGGAGCUAUACUUCCAGUCCAAGCUAGUCGUUGAGUACAUCAAGUCUCGCAACUACGUCGACCUUUGGCUCGAUGGUCGGCUCCGCUCCCUUCGGGUCAUGAGCUGCCGCCGCCGUCCACCACGCCACGCUUACCGCCGCACAGUUCACGCUUCGCCGGACGUCAGCUUAAACAUAGACCCGCCGUGUAGGACUACCGCCGCCGUCACCGCCACGCCGUCGUUUGUUACAGCCGCCAUGUCCACCUGCAUCGCCGUCGUCAGUCUAACUGGCCUGCGUUAG